AUAAAAUAUUAAACUUAAACAAGUUUCAUGCGUCAUAUCUUCAACUCAGAAAUCAAUGUUUUUCUCCUCUAAACCAGGAAACUUUGAACCCAGGAAUAAAAAUAGUUUUUUAAAGCAUCUGUUUAUCAAAACACUUCCUGUCUGUUAUCAACAAGAUAGUAUAAUUCAUUUGAACAACAGAUUUAAAAUCUGUUUUGUCUACUUAUUUUAUGAGUUGCACGUUGCUUAUUAAUUAGUGAGUGAAGAAGAGUAUUACAGGAAGCUUGGUGAAUACGAUGCAUAUAGCUUUCUUUGACAAAACGACGCAUAAACGCAUAGUAACGUACAACACACGAAUUGUGGUCCUUGAUGCAUGAUCGGAAGAAGUAGCGUGAAGCAUAACCAUGAAAUACUUAACUGCAGUGUUUUUUAGAUGUACCUGUUUAUCCUUCAUUUUGAUGUGCAGGGAGAUUCAAGGUUACAACAGAACACUGGAAAAUGAAAUGAUACGGUUUUUCGAGCAUAUUCAGGCACCUUUUAAUGAAACACUGAAGAUCUUGAAAGAAUAUUCCGACAAAAGUAAAAUUCCAACGCAUGAAAUUACUGGGUCCUGUCGCAAAAAUGACUAUCUUUUAAAUCAUAUCCUUGGAUACAAACAGAAUGCUUCUGCAUAUCAGGUGACAAUUGAAGAAAACCGAGGCAAAUACCUCAAAAUGUGCAUUUAUGAUAAAGAUAUUAACAUCACAUUCAAUGACAUUGUUGGGAUAUGCCUUGAAAGAAGGCUAUUACCUUUAAUGUUGUCAGCUGCAGUUAUCAAAAGGUUAGGCAUCGACAAUAGAACAGAUGGACAAUCAUUUGACUGCAGUUUGAUACAGAAUUCACAACCAACUUUAACAACGGUUACAGAUUUCACUGUUAAGAUGAAAGUUAAACGGACUCAAUACUUACAGAAAACAAUUCCAGAUGGGUGGUGGUUUUUGUUUGGUUCAGCAGUAGGAAUAAUAGCAUCAUCAGCUGUUUUCUGUACUGUUUGGAAAUACUCUGUCUAUAAGAAAGGAAAAACUGAAAAACAAAGAAAAUGCACCAAAGAAGAAAACAACUCUGUAUAUCAAGAUAUCGACGAGUACGAAUUAAUGCCUAUCUACAGAGAUCCCGAAAAGAGAGAACGAAUGAUCGGACCUGUACACAUCUUGCCUGGUACAUACGCAAUACCUACUGACAAAAUCCAGACUUCAGGAAACAAAUCAGAUUCUGUUAUGAAUGCAAACGGAGAUGAGGAAUAUCAGGAAGCAAAACUGACACACACCGGGCAGUCUAAUGGUCAUGGACUAGUCUCAGAAUCAAAGAAAAAUACGGAAAAUAAUCCCUACUUUGUUUUGGCAAAAGAAACAUCAGGUGUUAAAAACCAUGAGGAAAUUGAAGAUCAAGAGCCGGACUCCGUUAUGGAUGCCAUCAAAGAUUCAGAGCAAACAAAAAUGACACACACUGGCCAGUAUAAAAGUAGCGUGGAUUUUGAUGGACUCAGGGAAAAAGAUCAUGGAGUGGCCUCAGAAACAAAGGGAAAUACGGAAAAUAAUCCUUACUUUGUUUUGGCAAAAGAAACGUCUGUUUUACGAGACCCUGAGGAAAUUGAAGAUCCAGAUCAUAACAGUGAAACUCUUGAUGAGGAAGUUGAUUUGUCUAUUUCUUAUAGUUGCUCAGCGGAUGCCAAGAAACAGUAUGAAGACAUUGUCAACGAGAACAUUACCUCUUUGAGUGAUGAUUAUGAUGGAAAAGACGAUAUUAACGACACGUAUUUUGUCAUUGAUUCUAUGGCAAGUUCAACUACUAUAGAUGUAUAA